GAGAGAGAGAGGAGAGAGAGAGAGACAGAAAAGAGAGUGAGAGAGAGAGAAAGAGAGAGCUGAGAGAGUUUUGUAGCACACAAGAGUGGUCCAGGAACUCCGCUGAGAAUCGCUUCGGAGGAGAUCCUUUAGCCAGCGACGUCUUGUUCAUCAGGUGACCAUGUGUGUGUGGAUGAUAGCGGUAGCUCUCGGUAUGGUGGGCCAGUGCUUGGCUCAGCGCUCGGAGCCCAUGUUUGUAGCUGUCACUCAGAGUGUGCUGCCCCCUGACUAUGAGAACAACCCCACUCAGCUGAAUUAUGGCAUGGCGGUCACUGAUGUGGAUGGGGAUGGGGACCUGGAAAUAUUUGUGGCUGGGUACAAUGGCCCCAACCUGGUGCUGAAGUACGAUAAAGUAAAGAAGAGAUUAGUGAACAUUGCCGUAGACAACCGCAGUUCGCCGUACUAUGCGCUCAGAGACCGACAGGGGAAUGCAAUUGGAGUCACAGCAUGUGACAUAGAUGGUGAUGGGAGGGAGGAGAUCUAUGUUCUCAACUCCAAUAACGCUUUCUCUGGUCGAGCAACAUACACUGAUAAGCUCUUCAAGUUUCGCAACGGACGUUUUGAGGACCUUCUAAGUGAUGAGAUAAACGAACAGAGAGAUGUGGCGAAUCGAAUGGCAGGUCGUUCCGUAGCUUGUGUGGAUCGAAAGGGAACAGGGCUCUAUGCAAUCUACAUUGCCAACUACGCCAGCGGGAAUGUGGGGCCACAUGCUCUGAUUGAAAUGGAUGAGACCGCUAGCGACCUGUCCAUGGGGAUUAUUGCGCUGUCUAAUGUGGCAGAGCAGGCUGGAGUCAACAAGUUUACAGGAGGACGUGGGGUUGUGGUGGGGCCCAUACUCAGCCAGACCCUUCCUGAUAUAUUCUGUGACAACGAGUACAGCCCCAACUUUCUGUUCCGCAACAACGGAGAUGGGACGUUUACAGAUGUGGCCGCGCAGACAGGAGUUGAGGACCCAAUGCAGCAUGGCCGUGGGGUAGCUCUAGCAGAUUUUAAUCGGGAUGGGAAGACAGACAUUGUGUAUGGCAACUGGAAUGGGCCACAUCGUCUAUACCUGCAACUAAACAAUAAUCGCAAACAAAGAUUCAAGGACAUCGCUUCCCAGAAGUUUUCCAUGCCAUCUCCUGUGCGCACAGUCAUUGCAGCAGACUUCGACAGUGACAAUGAGCUGGAGGUCUUUUUCAACAACAUUGCAUAUAGAGGAUCAUCAGCCAACAGACUGUUUAGGGUGUCCCGAAGAGAAAAUUCAGAUCCACAUAUAGAGGAGCUGAACAUUGGAGAAGCAGCUGAGCCAGAAGGGAGGGGAACAGGAGCUGCUGUGACUGAUUUUGAUGGAGAUGGACAGUUAGAUCUGCUGGUAACACAUGGCGAGAGUGCAGCUCAGCCUAUCUCUGUGUACCGAGUGAACCAGGGAUCAUCUAACAGAUGGCUCCGUGUGAUUCCACGAACUCAGUUUGGGGCUUUCGCUCGGGGGGCCAAAGUGGUGGUCUACACUAAAAGAAAUGGCGUUCACACACGUAUCAUCGAUGGAGGCUCUGGAUACCUGUGUGAAAUGGAACCUGUAGCUCACUUUGGACUUGGGAAAGACGUGGCCACCAAUGUGGAGGUGUACUGGCCAGAUGGACGCUCUGUGGCCAGACCAUUGGAGCUCAAUGACCUGAACAUGGUUAUGGAGAUCAACUAUCCAACAUCUGAGGAGGAAGUGACCCCAGCAGUCGAGAUUGAGUGUGGACAUGGAUUUUUUGUUAAUGAAAAUGGCCGAUGCACUGAUCAGGAUGAGUGUACACAGUUUCCCUCUGUGUGUCCCCGUGAGCGUCCUGUCUGUACCAAUACAUAUGGGAGCUUCAAGUGCCGCUCAAAGAAGAAGUGUAACCAGGGAUAUGAAUCCAAUGAUGAGGGAUCAGCCUGUGUGGCUCAAGUAGCAUACUUUGAGGAAAACAGAUCUUCUGCUUUCAAACAGUGGCCUUCUCACUUCUGGUUACUGUCUCUAACUCUGCUCGCUCUGCUCACUAUCUGACCUGCCGAUGGCUCCCUUCUUCCUUGUCAUCAUCACUCCUCCUCUGCAGUGCAUUCUUUUCUCCUGUGUAUUGGGAGUCAACUGUAAAUUGAACUCUCUGUGGACUCCAACUCUUACCGUGUCCCCUGCUGUGUCUCAUUUUCUGCUCUAACACUAGAAUAGACACUCUGCAUGCCCACAGGAACUUACAGGAGUUUUAAAGAAGAAAACAUUUUGAAAAGAGUUUCAAGGAAAAAAAAAGAUUCGACACAUCAAGCUGUUGAGAAAUAAGAAAGGCAUCACAUGGCUGAUGAAACAAUGAAGUCUCACCAAAUUGUGUGCUGUAAAUUUCAUCUAAAGACCUGGAUAUAAUUUUAUAUUAGUGUGAAUAUAAAAUGGUAAUAUGAAAAUAUAUUCAAGUUCACAGGUUGUUCCUUGGGUGUGGGUUAUAGAUUAUUUGCAGUUUAAUAUUUAAUAAAAAUGGAUCAACAACCAAAUUACUGGUGUUAAUUCUAUGAAAUCUACACCAAGGAUGCCAUUUGCCUUUGCGAGGUAUUUUAUUUGUUGACAUAUUUGCAAAUAUUAUUUUUUUAUUUUAUAUUUUAAAUAUUUAUUUCUUAUAUUUUUAUUGUUAUUUUAUUGAAUAAAAAUGAAAUGAAGUCUCCCCAAAUUAUUUGCUGUAGACUUUUCAUCUAAAGGUGUGGAUAUGAUAAAGUGAUUUUAUUUUACUGUGAAUAUAAAUUGCUAAUAUGAAACAUAUUAAAAGUCACUGAUUGUUCCUUGGAUAUGGGUUGUAGAUUGUCUGUAGUUUAAUAUUUAAUAAAAUGGAUCAACAACCAAAUUCCUGGUGUUGAUUCUAUGAAAUCUAAAUCAGG